GGGUAGCCAAGACUGAAUAAGCGCACACCAAGAGGGGCAUGUGAUGACAUGGAGCCUGAAAUUAACUGCUCUGAAUUGUGUGACAGUUUUCCUGGCCAGGAGCUUGAUCGGAGACCCAUUCAUGAUCUCUGCAAGACAACAAUUACCUCUUCCCAGCACAGCAGUCAGACCACUUCAUUAUCUCCUGUCCUCUUGGGUAUUGUUUGGACUUCUCUCAGCUGUGGACUUCUUCUGAUAGUCUUCUUUCUUGGCUUCACAAUCCGCUGCAGAAAGAACAGGAUUGUGAAGAUGUCCAGUCCCAAUCUGAACAUCGUGACCUUACUGGGCAGUUGUCUGACUUAUAGUAGCGCUUACCUCUUUGGGAUUCAAGAUGGAGGUGCUUCAGUGCGAAGCUCAAUGGAAACUCUCAUUCAGGUAAGACUGUCCAUGCUAUGUAUUGGGACCUCCCUUGUGUUUGGACCCAUUCUGGGGAAGAGCUGGCGACUCUACAAGGUGUUUACCCAGAGGGUCCCGGACAAGAGAGUGAUAAUCAAAGACCUGCAGCUACUGGGGUUGGUGGCGGCCCUGGUGAUAGCUGAUGUGAUCCUGCUCAUGACAUGGGUAUUGACUGAUCCCGUCCAGUGCCUCCAGAUUCUCGGUGUCAGUAUGACGAUGACAGGGAGAGAAGUGUCCUGCUCGCUGACCAGCACACACUUCUGUGCUUCCCGGUACUCUGAUAUCUGGAUUGUUCUUGUCUUGGGAUGCAAGGGCCUGCUGCUGCUGUAUGGUGCCUACCUGGCCGGCCUGACCGACCAUGUCAGCUCUCCUCCUGUGAAUCAGUCUUUAACCAUCAUGGUUGGGGUCAACCUUGUGGUGCUGGCUGCCGGGCUUCUUCUUGUGGUCACCAGAUAUUUGCACGCCUGGCCCAACCUGGUCUUUGGCUUCACGUCUGGAGGAAUCUUUGUUUGCACAACCACCAUUAACUGCUUCAUCUUCGUUCCCCAGCUGAAGCAAUGGAAGGCAUUUGAAGAGGAAAACCAAACAAUUCGAUGCAUGGCCAAGUAUUUCAGCACUCCCAGCAAAAGCUGCCAUCCUCAGUGUGGCGAGGAACAGAACGGCCAUGCUAGAGGAGAGAAAACGUCCAUGGAAAGACUACUCACAGAAAAAAAUGCUGUGAUUGAAAGCCUGCAGGAACAAGUAAACAGCGCCAAAGAGAAGCUAGUAAGACUGAUGUCAGCUGAGUGUACCUAUGACCCCCCGGAGUGGGCUGUCCUCCCUGCCUCUUCCCACAGCAGGGAUGGUCAGGCUGCAGCCCCUGUGCAAGGCCUGGCAACUCAGAGGCAUUCAGAAUGCCCCUCUGACUCUCCAAAGGACACCAGUGUGGCUGCCCAGGACUCCCAGAGUACCUCAGUGCCCUCCUCAAGUGUGCAAAGCCUUGAGGGGCUUGGGAAGGACACUGCCACCUCCCUGGGGCAGAAAGAGAUGCCUGACUUGAAAGACUUUUCUGAUCAUUUAAAUUUAGGCUACAGCCAGAAACAACAGGCUAAGCCAAGCCAGGGUACAGAAAGGAGAGACCAGGUGCCUAUGGUCCCCCACUUGAGUCACACACCAGGUGAAGAAGGCUCUGCUCCCCAGAGACAGGGGCAGCUGGAGAACUCAGGGGAGCCCCAGAAGCAACUGUCAAGGGUCAAUUCAGUGAUCAGGGAGAAGCUUCAGGAAGUCCUACAAGAUCUGGGCCUGGGCCCUGAGGCUCCCCUCACCUCUUCCCGGUCCUGUCCCCAGCAGCCCUGGAAGAGCGGUGCUGCCCACAGUGCCCAGAAGAUGCCCCUCUCCAAGGAGCUGGGCUUCAGCCCAUACCUCGUGAGGAGAAGGCGGGCAGCACAGCGGGCUCGCGCACACUUUCUGGGCUCUGUACCCGCAUAUGUGGGGCAUCAGGCAAAUAGGACUGUAUCUGGCACAAAAAGUGGACUAAAUGUGCAGAACAAGGACAGCCUCUGCUUGGACCCUCAAACUGCUGAUGCCAGGGUACCUUCUUCCAAGAAGCCUUCACUACUCCCAGAUCCUCAAGGCAAGCCAGGCACCCUGGAGGACAGCCAACAAUGCCAGGCAGAGCCCCAGGGGGCUGGAAGAAGCCGUGCAGCCUUUCCUCUCCAGCCUUCUGGUCCUAGCCGGGUACAGUGUCGCACUGGCCCACGCCUAUCCAGAGACUCACCAGAUCUGCCUGAGCAGCGACAGCUGCAGUCCCCGGGGUCCCCAGGCUGUCCCUCCCUUUCUUCUCCAUGCAACUACCUUGACACUGAGUCCAGCAGCUCAGACGAGUUCUUCUGCCACUGCCACCGGCCCUACUGUGAAAUCUGCUUCCAGAGUUCCUCUGAUUCCAGUGACAGUGGCUCGUCAGACCCAGACCCUGAGCACACUGCAGGGCUGGCUUCCUGGGAAAAGCUGUGGGCCCGCUCGAAGCCCAUCGUGAACUUCAAAGAUGACUUGAAACCCACACUGGUGUGA